AUGGUCUUGCUGCUUCUUCAAGGCCUAGCGAUAUGUUUUUUCCUUCAUGCACUCCUAGGCCUUGCGGAGGUUAGCCGAAGUUUUUCCUGGGAUUUAACAAAUCACGAAUUUGAGCGAGUGCACAAUCUGACCGUCUGUGAUGGCCUGCACAUCUCGCUUCCUUCGUCGUUGGGAAACUAUAACGAUAUUGAACAUUCUCCAUACACCCUUCUUGCCUUUGAAGCUGGUGGGGCACUGACUGCUACGCAAAUACACGAAGAUGGUCUGUGGCAAGUGAAGCACCCAGCAGGGUCCCAGCUACUCCUCGCCCUCGUCGACUCCUUGGGAAACUCAGGUGGGGUGCUCCCCACAGUCUUCACGGUUGCAUCAGGAUCCUCAGACUGUCUUUCUGCACUUCCCACGUCUGUAGUUUCUCCGAUGAUUAUAACGAAUGCCUCCCAUAUCGAGCCCUGCGACUCCUGGCAGAUGUCCGUCUCAGGCGGAGUCCCACCAUACACCAUCAUGCUCGCAUCUCCCGGAGCACCCUUUUUGCAGGAUUUCGCUGUGCCACAAGAGUCUGGCCUGAUUUCAUUUAUAAAUAGCGGCAUCGCACUAAGAGGACCUACUAUAGCUGCCGUGCGUGAUUCGUCUGGCGUAUUUGGGCAUACGACUGAAUUUGUAGAAGUUGUUGAGGCCAGUGGAGUAUCUUGUGAGGUUGGGAAUCGAGGGGGACAGGCCAGCAGAGUGAUCCUUGCCACACGAUCGAAUGGCGGUGUAAAGUUAAGCCAUCAAGACACGAUCAUCAUUGCUGUGUGCGCAUCAGUCGGUGGCACUAUGAUCUUUGCUGCUCUGUGCUUUGCUGUGGUAAAGUUUCGACGCAGGAAGCGAGGGUUGAUUGCCGGGCAAGAUGCGCGGCCCCGGCCAUUUGAGGCCGCCAACCCCGUACCAAGCGCUAAUGCAUCUGUGCCGCGGGUGAAUAUUUCGGUCCCUUUGUCCGUCAUUGACAUUUCCUGGCGGAAUAAUUGGAUGGCGUCUCCAACGGAGGCAUCCUCCACACACUCGCCUGUCGGUCCGAAGCCCUCUCCUUUACGCACCCCUACACGCCCGUUGCCGGUUCCAACUGCUUCUCGCCAGCCAUCCAAUACUUCUUUGCGUCCUGAAGAUCCCCCUUCACGGCUACCACGCAACCCAUCUAGUUCGUACGUUACUCAAUCUCCACAAGCUGGUCCCUCGCAAAUCCCCCUCCAGCAGCAGUCAAUUUCCUCCAUACGCUCCGCUAAUAAUAGCCACCGUCCUGCAAAUUCACCCAUGUCUCCGCAGCGCUCUGCACUUGCACAAGAGGUCAAACGAUUCACUCCCCGCUCUCGCACCGAGGGGCACGAACGCAUACUCCAUCCUUCACGUUCGACAGGGGACAUUCCUCGUGACGAUAUAGCACUACCUUCCCGCCGACACCACGCAACUGUACCCCGCUCGACAUCAGAUAUGCGCCACACGAACCACCUGCGACAUUACUACUCUGCGUCGAAUGUUGCACGUACAGAUCGUGGAGUGCUCGAUCCAGUUCACCAGCACCGUGAUAGAGGGGAUCCGCCGCCGCCAUAUCAUAAGCUCGGACCACUUGGCAAGUAG